GAGCGUGCGCGCACGCUUCUCCCCUCCGUGCUGGCCGUCCGAUCGACGUAUCCUGGUACCUGGGCGGCCCAGAUCUGUCCCCCUCCUCGUCCCCACUCUCUGUCCCUGUCCCGAAUCGAGCUGGCGAGUGACGACCAUUUCCAGGUAGCUCGUCACCGCUAGUCCUCGCCGCGCGCCGCGGCCUGCUCCCACUGCUCCGCUGCGGGAGCGAGCGAGACCCCGGUGGCAUUCUCGCUUGCCAUGGCGCGGUCUCGGGCGGGGGCUACCCCACCCGUCCCCGUGCCGUUACUCCUCUCCGUCCUCUUCCUCCUCCUCGGCCGCCGCGACGCUGCCGGCGGCGGCGGCGGCGGAGUCAGGGGCAGCUCCGUGUACCCGGCCCCCGUGGUCUACCCGCACCACUCCCGCCAGAUCUCCUGGCAUCCCAGGGUGUUCCUCUACCCGCACUUCCUCAGCGACGACGAGGCCAACCACCUCGUCUCCCUCGCGAGUGGGGAGCUCAAGAAGCCCGGCGAUAUUAAGUCGGGCAAGAGCACGCUCAGCGAGGUCCGCACCAGCUCCAGCUACUUCAUCAGCAAGGGCAAGGAUCCAAUUGUUGCUGGUAUAGAGGAUAAAAUUGCUGCAUGGACAUUUCUUCCAAAAGAGAACGGCGAAGAUAUGCAAGUUCUAAGGUGUAAGCGUGGAGAGAAGUACGAACCGAAGUAUGAUUACUUCACAGACAGUGUUAACACUAUGCAUGGUGGACAUCGCGUAGCUACUGUACUUUUGUACCUAACAGAUGUUGCAGAAGGAGGGGAAACAGUUUUUCCCUUAGCCAAGGAACAUACAAAGAAGGGAUCACACGGUAAAGAUGCAACCUUGUCAGAAUGUGCAAAGAAUGGCAUUGCAGUGAAACCACGGAAAGGGGACGCCCUCCUGUUCUUCAACCUUCUCCCAAACGCCACAACGGACCCGUCGAGCCUCCACAGCGGAUGCGAAGUCAUCAAGGGGGAGAAAUGGUCCGCCACGAAAUGGAUACGUGUGGCCUCGUUCGACAAGGUCUAUCACGCACCAGGCGGCAAUUGCACCGACAGCAAUGACAGCUGCGGGAGAUGGGCCGUGCUGGGCGAGUGCACGAAGAACCCCGCGUACAUGGUGGGAACCGCGGCGUUGCCCGGUCACUGCAGAAGGAGCUGCAACGUGUGCUAACAUCAGGAUGUGAGAAAUCCGUGGAACAUUGACGGUAUGUUGGCAGUCAGGUUCAUACGUACAGGAGUAGCAGGCUCAUGAGGUUGAACCAUAUUUUGGUUGCGAGUAGUCCCUGUUUCUUGGUUACCAGUGUUUUAUCGUUGUAUGAUAACUUGGCUGGAAGCCUGGAAAGGGGACAGACCCCUGUUGCUUAGUGCUCAUAAUUUGUGUUAGGCAGGCUGUUUUUGUUGCUCUAUGCCUAUGGCAACCUGGCUGGAAUCAGACGACAGACCUUUGUUCAUUAUGUGAGGCGGGCAGAGAUCAGCUCAUUGUAGCACGAGUUGUGUAUGCCAUAUAUAAAUUCACCAGCAUGUGGAUCCGUUUUUGCUUGUAGAAACUGUCAUCCUUCUCACUACUAGCUAUUGCUGUAUAUCUUCCCUGAAAUUUAGCAAGCCUUUCCAAAUCA